AAAAAAAAAAAAAGCCUAUAGGAUCUAUGACCAGGAUACAGAAACAUCUGUGUUAUUUACUAAAGACAAUUCUCACACCCCUCCCUUCUCCUUUUGAAUAUUUUGAAACAAAUUGGGGAACAGAGAUGUAUGAAGACACCAGCAGCUAAAGAAGGGAAGUAUGUAUCUAAGAGUGUGUGUGCGCACAUGUGUAUAUGUGUGUGUGUGUGCGUUUGCGUGUGUGUGUGUGUGUGUGUGUGUGUGUGUGUGUGUGUGUGUGAAAGGACUAAACUGAAAAUACUUAAAUUAUAGCAGAUAUACAUUGUUUAUAUUUAAGGUAUGCAACCUGAUUCAGUAUACAUAUGCAUUGUGAAAGAAUCACUACAAUCAAGCUAAUGUGACUCCAUUUUGGACUGUUUGCACCUCCAUUCUUUUCAGCACUACUGAACAUCGUAGCUUAGCCCAGCCAGUUUCUACUGAAUGCAUAUUGCUUUCACACCAUUGUAAAGUCAAAAAAUCAUAAGCAUGAAAAAUCAUGAAUAAAAGUGUGAGUCAUAUUUGUUAAGCCAUGACACCAACAAAAACUUAAUAAAUAACCAAAUUUCACUUUCAGCCUUUUCCAGAGAUGGAAUUAUAAACCAUUUAAUUUGGAAUUUCCUGAUCAGCACUGGUAAGACCCACAGGUGAUCCUGGUGACUGAGAUGUCCUCCUCUCUGAAGAUCCCAGGUCCUCUCUUGUUCCUCCUGUUCCCCUUGUGUGGGCUCCAUGUACACAGCCAGAAUCUUUCCUGGAGGGAAUUCAUGAAACAGCACCACCUGAGCACAAGCUGGGAAUUCAAUGAGUACAGAUGCAAUGAUCUCAUGAGAGAAAGAGAAGCUCCAAAAGACAGGAACUAUCACAUCUUCAUCUAUACCUUCUGGCACAAAAUCGAGCACAUAUGCAUCAGGAACUGGAGAGAUCGCUACAGAAAUGUAUAUAUAUGGGCCCAGUAUCCCUUCAAAAUAAUCAAGUGUUACCAGAGGAAUAACAAAAAGGGCUACAAAGAGCACAGGAGUUACAGCUACAUUGAAUUCCAUUGUGGUAUGAACGGGUUUGUUGAUAGCAUAGAGGACAUCCGGUUGUUAGAGGUUAUCAGUAGCCUCUAACCACAUGCCCUGGUUUUAGUAGAGUGACGAGUGUUUCCCAAGUGGUGGGCCCUUCCCACAUGAAUAGCCCUUACUAAUCACUACUUUGCAUUUAUGUGCCAAUGUUUUCCAACCACUUAGAGUUAUGUAUCACAUGGUUUCUUAAUAUCACAAAUUUAUCUAUGUUGGUUCUCUGCCUGGAAUACCCUUCUGUUGUCAUUUACC